AUGAGGCCCACGGCCUUAAAUUCUCUUAUUAUUCUAUUUCUGACUGAAGUGUUGUUAAUAAAUUCAAUUCAACCCACCAAAAGAGGCGAAGCCAACUGGUCUCUCACAAGUCUCCCCUUCUUACAUACGACAAUGAUAUUUCAUAUAACAUCACAUCCCAACCUCAGCUUUCCAAACUCUCUGCUCGUGAAAAUGAACAUUGAACCAAUCCUACUCUUUCAUGCCCUGCUUCUUCUCUUGUCCUUGAGAGCACAAGCCAAGUGCAAAACUGGCUGUGAUCUUGCCUUCGCUUCAUACAACACAAGCCCAAGAGUAAACCUCACAUUUAUAAGCACCCUCUUUAGCAAAAGCCUCCCUGAAAUCCUCCGUUACAAUCCGCAUGUCUCAAACCAAGACAGCAUCCUCGCGGGUACCAGAAUCAACGUACCCUUCUCCUGCGACUGCUUAAAUGGCGAUUUCUUGGGUCAUACCUUCAUUUACACGACACAAACUGGUGAUACUUACGAUAAAAUCGCAAAUAUUGCUUUUGCAAAUCUCACAACUGAGGAUUGGGUUCAUAGAGUAAACAUUUAUGACACUACCAGGAUACCGGACGAUGCUCCUAUUAAUGUCACCCUCAAUUGUUCUUGCGGAGAUAAGCGCGUGUCGAAGAAUUAUGGCUUGUUUGCCACGUUCCCACUUCAGCCAGGCGAGAACUCGUCGUCUCUAGCGACGGCGUCUGGUGUAUCCGCAGACUUGCUGCAGAGCUAUAACCCGGGCGUGAAUUUUAGUGCAGGGAGUGGAAUUGUUUACGUGCCGGCGAAAGAUGCAACUGGAAAUUACCCUCCAUUGAAAAUAAGUGCAGCUGGGAUUUCAAGGAAAGUUAUUGCUGGCAUAUCUAUUGCAGGAGUUGCAGGAGCUCUACUUCUUAUUUCUUGUAUAUAUUUUGGAUGUUAUAGGAGGCAGAAGAUAGAAACGGUUUUAAUCCCAGAAACAACUGAAGAUCCCUACAUUCAACAUGGACAUGGCUUUGGAAGUAGCUUGGACAAAACUUCAGAAGAAACCACUUUUGUUGCAACUUUGGGGCUUACAGGAUUUACAGUGGACAAAUCUGUGGAGUUCUCAUAUGAAGAACUUGCUAAUGCUACUAAUGACUUCAGCAUGGUUAAUAAAAUUGGGCAAGGAGGCUUUGGAUCAGUCUACUAUGCUGAACUAAGAGGCGAGAAGGCUGCAAUAAAGAAGAUGGACAUGCAAGCAUCAAAAGAAUUUCUAGCUGAGCUCAAGGUUUUAACACAUGUUUAUCACUUGAACCUGGUGCGGUUAAUAGGAUAUUGUGUUGAAGGUUCCUUAUUUUUGGUUUAUGAGUUCAUUGAGAAUGGAAAUUUAAGUCAGCAUUUGCGUGGCUCAGAGAGGGAUCCAUUGCCAUGGUUGACUAGGGUGCAAAUUGCUCUAGAUUCAGCUAGAGGACUUGAAUAUAUCCAUGAGCAUACCGUUCCUGUAUAUAUCCACCGUGACAUAAAAUCUGCAAACAUUUUAAUAGACAAGAAUUUCCGUGGAAAGGUUGCAGAUUUCGGGUUAACAAAGUUAACUGAAUAUGGAAGUGCUUCAUUGCAUACUCGUCUUGUGGGUACAUUUGGAUACAUGCCUCCAGAGUAUGCUCGGUACGGUGAUGUUUCUCCGAAGAUUGAUGUAUAUGCUUUUGGAGUAGUGCUUUAUGAACUUAUAUCUGCCAAGGAAGCUGUUGUGAAGGCGAAUGAAAUUAUCACGGAGUCCAAGGGACUAGUUGCACUGUUUGAGGAUGUUCUUAGCCAGCCUGAUUCAAAUGAAGAUCUUUGUAAGCUUGUUGAUCCUAGGCUUGGAGAUAACUAUCCGCUCGACUCAGUUCAUAAGAUGGCUCAGCUUGCUAAAGCUUGCACACAAGAAAAUCCACAACUGAGGCCAAGCAUGAGGUCUAUUGUAGUUGCCCUAAUGACACUUUCAUCUUCAACUGAAGAUUGGGACGUUGGUACCUUGUAUGAAAAUCAAGCUCUGCUGAAUCUAAUGUCAGGGAGGUAGUCUUCUUGAUUGCAGUUGAUGCUUCUUUUGUACAAAAUGGGGGAAUUCAAGUUUUGAAGGAAUAUACAGUUACUUUCAUAUCCAUUUUGAUAUAUCUUUUUCUAUCUAUGGAACGUAUAAUGCUUUUUGACUUUCACUUCGCAAAUCCAAGUCCCAACCAAAUUGUAACUUGUAUUUUUUACAACAUUUAUUAUAUAAUCUAAUGAGCUUUCUUCUUCUUU